CAAGCUGCACUGCACGCCCCCGCCCCGGCCCCCCUCGCUCGACCGGAGCUGCGAACAUGGCCCGCUCCCGCGCGGCGCUCCCCCUCGCGCUGGCCCUGGCCCUGCUGGUCGGCGCGGCUUGGCAGCGGGCGCCCGCGUUCGCCCCCGGCUCCCCGCGCGCCCCCGCGUCGCAGGUCGACGCCCGCCUCGCGGCCGCGGUCUCGGCCGGCCUGCUGCCCCUGGCGGUGGAGCAGCCCGCGGGCGCCUACGACAGCGUCGUGGCCAUGCUGCAGAGCUGGCUGGUUGGGGGCACCGUGCUCACCAUCAUCAUCGCGGCGGCGCUCGUGGCCGCGACGGCCAACCCGCUUUCGAAGCGGCGGGCGGCGGUCGCGGCCCAGGUCGAGGGGAAGCGGUGAGAAGCGGUGGGCUGCCUCACUCGGCGACCGGCACGCGCCCUGGCCCUCUGGCGCCACAGCAAGCCCAGGCUUCCGAGGAUCUGACUUCGGGAUCCCGUCAAGGGGGGCCCCGGUGUGUGUAGUGUUCGUGCGUCGAUCUGCGAACCUCCUGCGUGCCUCUUCGCGGCCCCGACGGAGAACCCCCUUUCGGGGUACAUCCAUCUUGUAGGUCGAUCCCCUGCCCGAGAUCCAGCUCACGCUGCGGUCGUGGCGCCGGAUGCUCCGGGCGCCGUGCUGGACGGCGGAGGUUUUUUGAAGCCGUCGGGGGCAGUCGCGCGGACGGGCUGCGGUCGGGUGUUCGGCCUUCGGGUCCACGCGCGCGCGCGUUCCGCGCGCGCCUCCUCGGGACGUCGGGCUGGGAGGGGGGGG